AAAAAUAAUUAAAAAUAUUUUUUAAAAUUUUUAAAAUAUCUUUAAAAAAUUUAGUUAUUGAAACGCAUCGACACAAAAACGUAAUUUUAUAUAGAAUUUUUCAUACAACCUAAAUUUCCAGUGUUGGCUUGCCGUUUUUCUCCGUUUAGCUUCACCUUCGCCUACCAUCCUCAUCACCUCCAUCCACACUCGUAACCUUUAUCGAUAUCAGCUGACUCUAUCGAUAUUGUCGCCUUUAGCAUGCCUUCAUCAUCCCUUCCACCCCGCAGGGGGUUAGGGUGGAAGAAAGGAAGAGUGAUGGCAAGCAGACUAAUUGGAUUGACGAACAGUGAGAGGAAAAAGAAAAGAAAAAGCAUUUUAACAGCGAGGCUUCCCAUCCACCAGACAAGCUCUUAAAGUAUCACUCAGAAGCCAGAGCCGGAAAAGAAAGAAGGAUACCUAUCAUCAAGAAUCGUGAGUGAAGUUUCAGUCUUGGCUAUCUUAAAAGUUUAAACAAACUUAGAAGAUAAGCAUUGCCAUUCAUUAUCUGCAGUUUUUCUGUUCUUCACUCAUAAUGUAUUGGGUUAGAGAAACAAUGUUUGUAUGUCGAAGGGGGAUGCAUACAUUGUCUCGGGAUGGUCCCACGGAAACUUUGAAGAAGAGGAUUGCUGAACUCGAGAAGAACAAGAGGAAAAAGAAAAAUCCUAAGAAGGAUGAUGUGUUUGUGGAGGUUCCUGAAUCAAAAUCUUUUCUCGACACAGCAACUUUGCCAAUGUUUCUCACUGUUGUUGGUACUGCGCUCUUCGCAAAGCUCCUCAUGAUGCAUGAUGAUUCAAAAUCGCAAGAAAUGAUUGAGCGGAAAAUAAAGAAUGCUCCUCCUGGUCAAGGCACAAUUAGGAUGCUUUCACGUGAGGAAUGGGAGGAAUUUCGAGAGGUGAGGCCAAGGACUCCUUUUGAAUCCAAGCUUGCUCGUCCUAAUGCAAGAAUGAGGACAGGAGAACCAUUGCAUAUGCAAGAUUUGAAGGAUUGGACUACUGAUGUGCUCACAGAUGCACUUACGCGUGUUGAAGAAAGUGUUAAAAGAAAUUCAUGACUACCUGUGCUGAAGAAAGGUCAUUUAACACAGUUUUGAAUUCCUAUAUACAUGCUUGUAACUGCUUCUGCACAUGGGUGAAAGAAUGUGAAUAAAAUCACUAGGCAUCUUGUUAUCUAUUGUGAUACAUUCAUAUACAACUAUUUAGAAUUGACCUAGGGCAUGUUUUAGUCAAUUUUGCCUCGCCAUUAGAUAGGAGCUUUUGAAAUCAAACCCACUUUCAGAAGCAUGAACUGUAGGUGACUUCUUAUUAGGUGAAUGAAGUUAUCUGCAAUUGUUGCUUUAUGUAAAUACUACAUGGCCAGGGUUCUGUAUCUGAUGUGUUUAGCUUUUUUACUUUUCAAAUGCUAUUCUUUGGCUGGUUGAGCAACAAUGAGUCCACAAGAACUUGUAUUUUCUUUUCAUUUGUCUAAUUUAGAGCAGGUUUGGUACUUGAUUUUGGAGCUCAAA